UCCAACGAUCUGCGCCAUGGGGAAGCCGCGAUCGUUCAAGGUUGAACGAUACACGGGUCCGUAGCCCAUUUGGGUUCAGGAGUUCUGCUCAAUUUCUUGUGUUACGACACAAUAAAACGGUACCCUCACACUAAUACUUUAUCACCAUGCAGUUGGCCACGAUAGUUGCCAGUGUUCACCUGCUCGUGUUGAAGAUGCUAGGCACCGGUGCGAUCGAAGUCCGCAGGCCGUCUUCUUCGCAGGGGGGGUCUUCUCUUCUGGAGUACGGCAGCGAUGCCGGCGGGCAGGGCAGGGUCUUCGGUGGCGUGACGAGUCAUUUUACUCAGACUGCUGACGACAAGUCGUAUUGGGCUGCAGUGGGCAUGAAGAACAAGGUGGGCGUCACACGGUACCAGAACUACGAGCUCAGGCACAUCAAGAGGAGUGAUGGCAAGUUCUUCUGGGCCGAUUCCGCCAACCGCGAGGACAUUAAUUUUACUGGCGCGAAGGACCUCACAGCAAGUGUGACCUGGGGAUGGCACCACCCGUCUGGAGUCUACAACACCAUCCCGGUCGGCAGCCCCCUCCUUGAUGACCAGAACAACAUCUACAUCGGAGCCGACGACGCCAUCCGGAAGUUCGACGUCAACGGUGUAAUCAAGUGGAGUUACGCCCCCCGAGGUCAAUUGGCGGCGGCACCCAGCCUGUGCCCCGCCGGUGCAAGGCGCCUCGCGACCUCCGACAUGAGCUUCGGAGGCCAAGAGGACAUGGUGCGACCAGACUGGGCCAAGGGCAACAACGAGUCCAGCACGUCUUCCCAACUUACCAGGGACUUCCGCGUCGGCGACAUGGUCAAGGUGAAGCCUGGCGCGAGCUAUUGGGUGGACGGCAGGGAGCUUUUCAGGGUCGGCGACGAAGGCAUGAUUUCUGGCGUCGUCCCGGAUGAGCAGGGCAAGGACAGCAAGGCCGUCAUAUUGUGGACGCGCAGCGGGGACAAGACGGUGAUGCAGCUCCACCUCAUGGCGAAGCGCUUCUCGCACGUGGAGAAGCGGGACACCACACUGCCCGCCAUGCUGGUGGGUAGCACCACUUCUGGCUACGUCUUCGCGAUUGACCUCGACAGCGGAGAUGAGUUAUGGGCAACUUGGGCAUCGAACGAAAUCGCUGGCGUCAAGGGCUCUGUGGCUUGCAAGGGCGGUAUCGUAGUGGUCGCCACUGACCGCUGCACUGACCGUUAUUGCUACAGGUACCGCAACCAGACCAACCCCCUCACGCCAGGCAAUCAGUGGGUGCGUGGUCUGAGCGCUGCGGACGGCAGCUCUGUCUGGCAGUACAAGACGUUCCAGCCAAUGUGGAGCAUGAUCCCUCUGUGGGGUCCCGGCACCAGCGUGAUGUUCCAGGACUGGGAGGGCAGGGUGUACAGCCUGAACUACUUGACAGGCGCCGAGAUAUUCAAGGUCGGUGGAGACAUCGGGACGCACACCAAUGCAGCCGCCGUGUACAGCCCGGGCCACAACACAGUUAUUGCCUUGGGCGUGAAGCAUUACACCAACGGUCGUUGCAACCCUUACCCAGCUCCCGGUAUCCUCCCUUCGUGCUGGACGUGGCCAGGCACGCGGGGCUUCGUCCGCGCCUACAACGCAUCCUCUGGCAGGAAGGUCUGGGAGUUAGAGACGCCCGAGCCGCCGGCCAGCGCCAGCAUCAGCGCGCUCAACAGCCCCUCAUUCCACACCCGUCUGGUGGUCACCAUGGGCCACAACUGCUACCUCGGCGCCUCCAGCCAGAUCUGGGGCCUAGACCCAAACAACGGCCACACCCGGUGGAUUAAGGAGGGCCCGACGUUGUGGACUGGCUUCUGUGCUGGCGACAAGGAGGGGGCAGAUAUCCGCCGGGCCAUGGGCGGCCGUGAAAAGUGUCAUCCGAAUAGCUGGUCCAUGCCGGUGGCUGAUUCGACUGGCGACCUCUACAUUGGCAACCAGGUUGGCGAACUGAUGAGGUACGGUUUAGAUCCCCACUCAACGUCCACCAGACCCGAACUGCUCUCGACCCUGACGACUGGUGUGGCCUUCCAGGAUGCAGCGAUCGCGUUCGGCACGGGUGUUAUGGCCGUGACCACAUGCACCUCACUCAUUGUCUUCCACACUAUGGACGACUGGCAGAAGUCGACUUGGUCAGUUUCGCACAGCGAUUACUCUCCGAUUUCCGACAAGGUCCACGGCGAGGACUUGUCGCACGAGAUCUCGGAGGAGAGUCACGGGAGCAUCGCGGUCACCCCGAAAGUGGAUUCGGACGACAUUUGGUCUAAUGACGAGCCCGUCUAUGACCCGAACAUUGACGGCGGGUCGUCAGCUUACCACCGGCAGGCCAAAGAGCAGGACAAUGCCCUCUCGUAUUGAACGCGGUCUGAGAGUUGGCGUUGGAAGUUCUCCGGUUUCCCCAGGCUUCGCGACACUCUGGCAGCUUCCAUGGAGCUUGCUCAGCUUUUGCCACUCUGCACUUUGUUUCAAGGAGGGGGUGGCGCGGUCAGGGCCAGGCCACUGCAUGUUCCGUCCAACCUGCCUUUUCAUGUGCCGCGCUGCGCCGCGCUGCGACUUCGAAGAUUGCCUGUCCAAAACCAACGCCGACGUCCUUGCGACGCGAACCUGCCGCACCAUGUACCACGCAGAUUCCACAACACGCCUUGCACCACAUACACUGCACCACACCG